AUACUACUUUUUUGUCAUCACUAGCUGAAGCUGAAGCCGUGCCUGUAAAUAAAUUCAGCAAAAAACCUUGAAAAAAAAUCAAAAUGUAUAAGAAAAACGAGUUAAUAUUUCGGAAUUUAAGCAAAACACAAUGAAAAUAUAAAAAUGUAUAUGUUUCUUAAUUAUAAAUAUCGAUAUAAUUGUAUAUAUUUUGCACAUCCCUACCGGCAAUUCUUAAGUUACAAUUUGGAAUAAAAAUUAAAUGCUGCGCUAGCGAAAAACACAAUUAUACUGGUCUGGGGAUACCCUGCCACACGCCAUGAACUUCCCGCUGGCCAAUGCCAACAAGGAUACGUUGCGGGCUGCCUGCAAGAAGUGCGGCUACGCCGGUCACCUGACCUACCAAUGCCGCAAUUUUCUCAAGGUGGACCCCAACAAGGAGAUCCUGCUGGAUGUGGAGAGCACCAGUUCGGACUCGGAGCUGGACUACCUCACGCCGCUGACGGAGUUGCGGGCGCAGGAGCUGAAAGGCGGCGCCGAAGUGCCACCGCCAACGCUGCCGAUCGCGACGACAACAGUUAACAAGGAUAAGGCUAGAGAGAAGGAGCGCGACAGGAACAAGGAGCAAGAGCGCGACAGGGAAAGGGACCGAGAGCGGGAUGGCCAUCGUGAUCGAGUUCGGGACCGUGAUCACAGUAAGGUGAGAGAGCGAGAACGGGAACGCGAAAGGGAGCGGGACAGGGAGAGAGAGAGGAAUAAGGACAGAGGGCACGACCGGAAGAGGAGCAGCUCUAAGCGGAGCCAUAAGAUAGCCGAGAAGGAUAAUGACAAGGACAAGAAGUCGGAGCGGCACAAGAAGCGCAAGAAGAAAAGCCACAAGCAUAAAAAGGACACCUCCGAUCUGGCCAAAACCAAGUCUAGAAAACACCCAAGCAGCACCAGCAAGAAGUCAAAGCGACGACGAUCCUCCCCCUCCACCAGCAGCAGCAGCAGCAGCUCGUCUGACUCCUCCUCAUCUUCCUCCUCCUCUUCCACCGAUUCGGAUUCAGAUACCAGUAGCAGCAGCGAUGAGGAUGGCAAUGAUUCCGAUUCGGAGUCGGAUUCCAGCGACAAUGAGGAGUCCAGCACCAGCGAGUCCGAUGAAUAUGGCCGGAAAAAGAAACGUCAGGGCAAGUAUAAGCGGAAAGCGGACACGGCCAUGUUGCGACGCAAAAAGACCAAGGUAAAGCGGAAGCGGCAUCGCGCUGGCAACUCUGGUGCCCCCACCGCCGGCAGCUACCUGAGCAGUCUCAGCGACAGCAGCACCAACUGAUUACGAUCAGGAUACAUAGCUGCGUUCCAAAGCAACUCCGCUUCCUAUCUAUCUCCAUAAAUUAGUUUGAUUUUCGCAUGACCCCUUACACUUCCAUUAGAGACUGCCGGAUUUGCCAGUUCCAGUUUCAGAUUAUUCUCCUUAAAACAAAACGAAUCCCCAAACCCUACACCCUUUAACCCUAGACAUGUCUUUUAGAUCUUAAGUUUAAAGUAUCAUCUGCAAAUAUACAAAACAAAAACAAAGAAAAGUCAAUUAGUUUGUACAAGUGAAACAUAUUGGUAUUAUUACUAUUACCUAUUUUUGGCAUUCAUGAAUUUUGUUUUGUAUAUAGAGGACUGUUUUUAAUUUCUUAACUAUCUUUUGAGUUCUUUAUAGUGCAGAUAUAGAGAAACUCUCUUUUAGAAGACAAAGACCUCUGAGGAACGGCUUAUAAGAAAACAUCUCGGAGAGGAGAACUCGAGUGCAGCUAACAAGAAAAUGAUUUGACUGUGCUUCUACAUUGCAGGCUAUCUCAAAGUGAUAAGCUUUUGCAUAUAUCGGGAGUUGGGUUGCAUAUAUAUUUUUCGGAUUUAGGGCAUACGAACAGAGGCAGUUCUAUCUCAACCGAAUAAAUAUAAAUUUCGAUUACACAUAACAAACUA